AUGACACUUGAAGAACCUGAACAAGAAGCCUAUACUCAAGAGGACCAUCAGGUCGCCUAUAUUUUUGACCCUGAAGAUGACGGGACGCAGAAGAAGUCCGUUAAACGGAAAAGAGUGUCAAGGCAGGCUCAGAAAGAUGAAGAAUCUAUCAAAGACUCAUCAUCGUCUUUCGUACCUCUGCUAAACGGCGCCGAAAAGCCCGAGUUUGUCCACUUAAGGGAGACCUUAUUUGAAGAGAGCUGGACUAAAGUUGAUAAACGUAUUCAGGAAACUCUCAGGAAUUCCAAUUUGGAAACUCUACACGAAGUCAGUGAUUUCGUCAAUGAUGCAGUGACAGACUCUGGGGAUAGGAUUCCAUCAGCCUUCAUCAUCACCGGGCCCAACAUUGCUUCACAGGACCUUCUCUUCCAACAGUUGUCAGAGACACUACAAGAAAUAACGCCAAGCAAGUUUGUUGGCCUGCGGUCCUCAGAAGCAUCAACUCUCAAAGCAACGUUGAAAAAGGUUAUUCGAGAUGUUACGGCCAAAGCCUCUGAUGACGAGGACGAUGAUCUCCAAGUUGGAGAUGGCCGUGAGGGGCGGCGUCAUCUUGACUAUGAUCUUGAGGCAUUGCACGGAUUUAUCAAAUCUCAGAAUUGCAAACAUGUCUUUGUUGCAUUCCAAGACAGCGAGGGCUUUGACAGCAGUCUGUUGUCAGACUUGAUCAUUCUCUUCAACUCUUGGCGCCCACGUAUCCCCUUUACUCUUCUAUUUGGUAUCGCCACAUCAGUCGAGCUCCUUCAGGCCAGACUUCUCAAGGCUGCAUGCCAGCAGAUUUAUGGAGCACAGUUCGACGUGAUCCAGACCUCGGCAAUUCUUGAGACCGUCUUCAAAGCCGCCGUGGCAGCGUCGGAUACUCCUGUGUUGAUGGGCACGUCACUUCUUCACAGCAUGUUGGAUCGACAGCAUGACCAGGUCUCAGGCAUCCAGACUUUUACCAUGUCCUUAAAGUACGCUUACAUGUGUCACUUCUAUGCGAAUCCCCUCAGUGUCCUUUCUCAUGCGCCAUCUUUUCAAGCAGAGCAUAUUGAAGCAAUCCGGCAUACAAACUCUUUCAGAGAAAAUAUUGAGAGUGCAGUGGAAACUGGAGUCUUGGAUAACGUGCAAUAUGCCAAGGAUCUGCUCGAAAACAAUGACUUCCUUGCCAUGCAAGUCCAAGAUAGCCUUGCCGCUCGGCAAGAACAUAUCGAAGACUUCUUGCGGGCACUUCUUAUUCUCAGAGAAGCAGAAGCCCAGGACAUUGAGUUUUCAAGAGCUUAUGUUGAGGCUAUGGACGAGGGCAUCUCAGUAACAGAGAGCUCAAAGGCUGUCGAUUCGGUGCAGCGCAUGGAUGCCGGCGAGUUACUGGCUCUACUUCGAAAGUUGGUUGCAAUUUUGCAAGACGGAGAGGUUGAUCUACUAUUAGGACCGGCAACAAAGCAGGCGGAUAUUGAUUUCCAAAAUGCACUAUCAAGGCAGCUUGUGAGCUUGGAACAACUGCAUUCGAAAACACAAAAGGAGGGCGUCACGCUACGAAGCAAGUACAGUGGUCAGAGCAAGAUUGCACGAACCACUGUUAUUGCACAAAAAGUUCAACUGAGCCACGAUUCAGCGGCACUUACAGAGGAGGAUAAGCAACUUACACAGAUCGUUAACAACAUCACAGUGUUGCUUAUCGAACAUGUCCAGAUCCCCAAGCCUGGCUCUAUGCUGUUGUCGGAAAGCUGGUUAUACGAUUCUCGAGCCCCAUCACGGGAUGUGUUUGUGCCUCGCCCGCGGACCGUCCUGGAGCGCAGCCUCACAAGGCCCCACGAUUACUUGUCGUGUUCAUGCUGCAAGCCAGGGGGUGAAGAAACCCCGGCAACGCUACCAGCUACUGCGCUUUUAUACCGCUUAUACACGGAGACUGGAAGCCUCAUUAACGUCGCAGAUCUAUGGGCUGCAUUUUCCGCAUUGAUCAGCAACGAGGAAACGGACGAACGCAAAUCGCUGGUCCUGUUUUACCGUGCAUUGGCUGAGCUGAGGGUUUUGGGAUUUGUCAAAGCAAGCAAGAAGAAAGCCGACCAUAUCGCCAAGCUGAAGUGGCUCUAG